AUGUUAACUCUGAAUUUGGUCACUCAACAAUCCCCUAGGCUCCUCCCAACCCUAUCCGGCCUUUUCCUUUGCUCGUUCCUCGAUCGAACCAACGUAGGCAAUGGAAAAAUACUUGGCCUGGAGAAUGACAUCAAUAUCACUGGCCAUCAGUACGACAUAGGCCUGACCGUCUUCUACGCGAUGUACAUAUUUUGCGAGCUCCCCAGUAAUCUGAUCAUCAGAAAGGCUUCACCCAAAGUCUGGUUGCCGCUUCUGACAAUGGUAUGGGGCAUCUUCACGAUGUGCUUGGGCUUCGUGCAGAACUUUGCUGGCUUCGUCGUUGUUCGAGCCCUCUUGGGGAUCGCCGAAGCCGGACUGCUUCCCGGAAUUAUUCUGUAUCUGUCUUUCUUUUACAGACGAAACGAUUUGGCCUUGCGCAUCGGAGUUUUCUAUACUGCAGCUUCCUUAUCAGGAGCGUUUGGAGGUCUUCUGGCGCGUGGACUAGCGCAAAUUGGCCACGGAAGCGAGCUUGCAGGAUGGCGGUGGAUCAUGAUCAUCGAGGGCCUAUUGACAUUCUCAGUGGGUGGGCUGAGCUACUUUCUACUUCCGAAUAAUUUGGAAACGGCAUCUUUCUUGACUCAAGAGGAACGAGCAUUUGCUCUUGACAGGUUUAUGCUCGACGCUCCUUCAGCCAGGACAACAGAAAAUGAACAAGAGACCCUAAAGUGGACUGAAGUGCGACGGGGACUCCUAGACCUGCGAAUGUGGUUGUCUGCUACUGCCUAUUUCUCAAUUCUUUCGGGGCUGUACUCGUUCGGGUUGUUCCUUCCCACAAUCAUCGAGGAAAGUGGGUUCGCCCGAGAUCCGAACCAGGUUCAACUCUGGACUGUUAUACCGUAUGCUGUUGCCACCCCGCGCUUAGUUAUUGUAGCUGUUGUAUCGGAUCGGUUACAGCUGCGAGGCGUCGUAAUGCUUUUUACCUUGCCAAUCGCUAUAAUCGGAUACGGCGCGAUUGCAAACAUUUACUCGCCAUCAGCCAAAUAUGCAAUGACUUGUCUCAUGGCAACUGGGCUUUAUAGUAGCGUUCCAUGUAUCUUGGUCUGGAACUCAAAUAACUCUGCUGGACAUUAUAAGCGCGCCACCACGUCUGCCACGCAGCUGACAAUUGCGAACUGUGGAGGGCUCCUCGCUACUUUCAAUUAUCCCGACCAGGACAAGCCCCAGUAUCAACGAGGGCACACGGUCAUCCUGGGACUUUUGAUGUUCGCAUGGCUCAUGAUUCUGUUCAAUGUCCUGUACUGUGCCAAAAUCAACCGGGACAAGACACAAGGUAAGUAUACGCAGUAUGCGGGAUGCCAUGAUGAUCGUGACCCUGCGUUCAAAAUGAUGUUGUAGCUUCGGGAGAGCUUUCAACUGGCGAUGUGGCGAUGGGAACUUGUGAACUUGUGCGG